AUGUACGCUCUUGUCGCCUUCUUCACAACUGUCGCUGUCUUUAGCUUCUCCAAAGCCCAAAGUGAUCCCUGCCGUAUGCUGAUUGAACUGGGACUUUGCUUGGCCUACUUUCCAUCAUGGGGCUACGAGCAGUCCACCGGUCAGUGUGUUGAAUUCAUCUACGGCGGCUGUCAAGGCAACUUGAACAGGUUUUACAGUAAGGAGGAGUGUGAAGCUACCUCCACAAUUCUGUCCACUGCCCAACAGGCACGGCUGCCCGAGAUGCUCGCCAAAGAGGCGUUCGGGUACUAUGAACUGCUCAAUGAGUUGUUCCAUGCGAAGGUAGCUGCGUUGCUGCUCACUGCGCAGGUCAUCACCGCCACCGCUGUCGUGCUGCCUUGGCGGAGAUAG